AUGAAGUUCACCAUACCUCUCAUCGUUGUGUCUCUACCUUUCCUGGUCUUUGCCAGUCCCAUCCACGCUAAUGAAAAAGGCAUUUCUAUUCCAAUUAGCAAGAGGGGUUCCACCUUCGCCAAGGAUGGCGUCGUCGACAUGAUGGCUAUCCGGGCCCACCUCGCCUAUGUCGUCGCCAAAUACGAGACCACCUCGAAGAAUUACGAGAGGAGUACUGGAUCAGUCCGUCCUCCCACCAGGAACAGAGUGACCCACACCUCGAAAAGAGGUAUCGGCAACGAUAGCUUAACAGACUAUAGGGAGCUAUUUUGGUACGGAAACAUCUCAGUCGGAACCCCUCCUGUUACGUUUACCGUCGAUUUCGAUACCGGAAGCAGUGACCUCUUUAUCCCUGAUGUAUCUUGCCAGAAUUGCGGAGCACAUACGCGUUACAACCCUAGAUUGAGCUCUACUUCCUCCAGUGUGGGAAAACCCUUCAACGAUCCUUAUUUCGACGGUUCUUUCGCCAGCGGACAGCUAUACAAUGACACUGUCACCGUGGCCGGCCUCACUGCUGAGCAUCAAACCUUCGGAUCCGCCACCAGCUACAGCCCGCAGUUCAAGGUUAGACCGACAGAUGGCUUGCUGGGCCUCGCCUGGCCAGCGGCUUCUGCCUUUAAUGCUACGCCUUUCUUCAACACCCUCAUACAGCAGGGAACCGUCUCCCAAGGUGUCUUCGCAUUGUACCUUUCAGAGUCUGGCUCAGAGCUCCGCCUUGGUGGAACCGACGAGUCGCUCUUCAGUGGUCCUCUUCAGUGGAACUCUGUGACCCAACAGAAAUUUUGGCGGAUUAAUCUCGAUGGUAUCAAUGUUGGGGGAACGAAGGUGGUCGGCGGUCUAUCAUCCUUUAUUGAUUCAGGUACCACUCUUAUUGUCGGUGAUCCCCAUACAGUUGCGCAGUUCUAUCGGGGUAUUCCUGGCAGUCAUAUCUUUGACAUCAUAGAUGAGACUGUCUACUACUCUUACCCCUGCAGCCCUGAUCCUCAAGUCUCCUUCACGUUCAACGGAACUUCGUAUCCCAUUGCCUCCAAAUACUUCAACGUCGGCAACGUAGUGUUCAACGAGUCAAGCGUCUGCAUUGGUGGCAUUGUCGGCCACCCUGGCGGCGACGUCUGGAUCCUUGGCGAUGUUUUUAUGAGGAACGUUUAUACAGCCUUUGACUUUGACCACUCCCGCGUCGGAUUCGCUAAACUUCGAGUGUGA